UCAAAUUUUUCCCAACCUAUAACUUUUAUAUUACCUGCAUGAAAUCUCUAAUAGGUCUGCCAUCCUACAGUCACGAAUCCGUUUCCUUUUUUUGGUUCUUACCGAUUCAAAAAUACCUCCUUCCCUUUUCUGCAUUUUUUUUAUCCUUUUCACAUUCAGUGGCUGAAAACAAGGUUGUUAUAUCCGAUUUGGGAGUAGGGCAUAUUCAGGGUUCGAAAAUUCUUCUUCGCUCCAAUUUCUUAUUUUUGAGGGAAUGGCUGCGGCUUGUAAGCGAUUGGCUCAAUUUUCGGGCUUUGGGUUCUCAAAAUCGUUCACUUUCAACUCAAGUCUCAGAUCAUUUUCCCGGAUGGCGAAAUCAAAUGGUCGGCGGUUCUGUGAUGCAUCCGCUAUUCGGACUUGAGGGGCAAGGAGUGCCCAAAAAGCAGGCUCAGGCGAUAUCUGCCGGUAUAACUGAAGUUUUGGAAAAAGUACAAGAAUCAUUAAUGGAGAGGACUGAAAUGCUUCAAGAGUCUCACGAGUCGAAAAUCAAAGCUGAAGUGCAGAGGUCACAGAUGCAAUUGCAACGUGAGAUUGAGAAACUAAAGAAUGAUAUGGAAAAGAGUAUCCAGGAAUUCAGGUUGGCGAGGUUGGAGAUAGAUAGAGAUGCGAUGGUUUUCAAAGCUCAGAUAUUAACAACACAACGAGUUAUUGGAGAAUAUUGCCUAGGAACUGUUUUUACGGUGUGUGCCGUUGCUUUUCUCGUCCGGCUUUUUUAAAAUAAAUAGUCGUUGUAGUAUAGUAGUUAGUUGAGGAGCAGGAGGUAGAAGCUCUCAUUAUACAAAAAUAAUUUAGAUGACAGGUUUUCUUUGCCCUGUUUUUGAAGGGCCAUGGAGGAUUGAUGACCUUACUCGCAUGUGUUCAUUUGUGGUAGUUGAACGUCGUACAUUAUUCAAACUUCAAGCUCUUUUAAUUUGCUGACUAUGCAUACAAAUACAAUGAAUGACACAA